AUCUAUCAAUACCAUGAGCGAUUGGGAAGAAGAGCAAGAAUUCGAAGUGGCCAUUCCUAAAAAGCAAAAAUGGGACGACGAAGAUGAAGAAGAGGAUGUGAAGGAUUCUUGGGAAGAAUCUGAUGAAGAAGAUAAACCUGAAGAAAAGAAACCUGCUCCAGUUAUCAAGAAGAAAGUUCCUUUGGCUCAAAAGAUUGCUGAAAAAAAGGCUGCUGAAGAAGCCAAAAAGAAAGAAUUGGAAGCAAAGAAGGCUGCUAUGGCUGCUAGGGAAGAUGAAACUGAAGAAGAAAAGUUUGAACGCAAGCAACGUCAACGUCAAUUGGAAUUGGAAUCUGAUUUGAAUCACGCUACUGAUCUAUUUGCUGGUACCACAGUAUCAAAACCAAGUACUGAAGGAAGUAUUGAAGAAGUCAAACCAAAGACUCGAGUUGAAUUCGAGGCUUACCGAAAACGAUUGGCUGAAAUGAUUCUUGUAAACUCUAAAUCAAUGCAUUAUGCGUCAUUUGUGGAUCAAUUGGUACGUGAUAUUGCUGGACCUUUAAAGGAUAUGGAUGUUCGCAAAGCUGCCUCUACUUUGAACUCUUUAGCCAAUGACAAACAACGCCAAGCCAAGGAAGCAACUAAAUCAAAGAAGAAGGGUAAACCAACUCUCGCUGCUGCUGGAAAGGCCGAUGCUUUGGAUGAAAUGGAUAGUUAUACAAACAAAUAUGAUGAUUUUGAUGAUUUUAUGUAGAAAUAAUAAAAAUAUAUACUCUCUUAUUUUAACCG